AUGGCCGGUCAUCCAAACUCGCCCUGGGCUGAGCGCUUUGCGCCCUAUCGCAUACCUAUAGACAUAUGGGGCGGCGUCCAACAUUCUGGACUUGCGCAAGCCCACCCACCGUUGGAUCCGGCACAUUACUUUGACGUAUGGGGAGCCAACAUACCGACCAUGUACACCCACAUUAACAAGCCACCUUUAAACGAGCUGGACAGGAUUUUCCACUACGAAAGGUUGCAGCAGCUCAUCAUGAGAGGCAUCAAGACUCGCCAGUUGGGCGUGCUCAACACCAGAACUUUUCUCGGGCGCAGCGGUCAUACCUACGAGGAUGAUUACCUUGGAGGUACCACCUUUCAAAUCAAUGAGAAUAAAUGGCUAGUAUGCUUCAGACGACACAGAUGGUACGCCCCACAAACUUUCAGGGGUUUGUCACCAUCGCGCCCGUCAAUCAUGAACACAGACGAUGACAGAGUCUGGAGGCAUUUAUCAUACCCACUCGAGCUGCUUCAUAGGAUCCUAAGGUUGAUGAUGAGAGAGCAGCACAGUCUGUGA